AUGAAACACGAAAUGUCCUCGUCGCGAAGAAGAAUUUCGGUUGAUUUGUCAACUGCCGAAGCGGUUGGAUAUAUGCACGAAACAAUGGAUCGUCUUAAUGAACUGUGGGAUUCGAUUCAUAUGGGAGAGAACGAACGAAGAGAUCGUGUCGAUAGAUUUUAUAUGCACAUAAAAUCACUGCUUGAUGAUAUGGUGAAAUCAGAAAGCGACAUGGUCAGAGACGUGCUUAAGUCCAUAGAUGAAUGGAUUCCAUUUGUAAAUAAUCUACGAAAAGAACUGAAGUUACAUCCAUUCGAUACAUCUCACUUCAAAAAAGGAUCAGUUUCACUGCUUCGAGCUCUAAACAAAGAAAGGGCAAGGUUGAUUUCAUUAAAGACUGAUCGUUUGAAAGGUCAAAAAGAACUUAUUGAUGAAGCCAAAUUACUUUCUACGCGUUUAGGCGAGGAUUUUUUCAAUGUGUUUGGUAGUGAUAAUGAGGAAAUAUGGAACGACGAUCAGCUUCAUUCAUUGCAAGAUUUAGUUACACGAGCUAAUGCAAAGUUAAAUGAACGCAUAGAAGAGAUUUGCCAAUGGCAAACUGAUUUACAACGGUGGUACAAACAAAUGGAAAAGCAGGCUGAAAAUGAAGCAACUGAAACAUUGAUAAAAUUAAAUUUGGAUGAUACUGAACUGGUUAUUAGUGGAAGUUUUAUGGAGCAAUUUAGAGAGGCAUAUCAAAUGGAAAUGUUGGUUUAUCAGGACUGGUUAGAAAUGGCGCAAUUCGACUAUUCUGAAGCAUGGAUCAAAUUAAAUACGUUAUGGGAAAUGUGUCAUAUAGAAUCAGGGAAACAUUUUGCUCGUGAUUUUAAUCCUGCCAUCCAUACCGCAGGAGAUGUGGAAAACAUAAAAAAUGAAGUCGAUAAGUUAGAAAAACUUUUGGUCAGUCGUGGAGAAAUAUAUAAGAAAAUAAAGGAAUGGAAAGAAUUGUGGACAGAAAAAAUAAAUUAUGAAAGCAGUGCUAAUGAUAAAAUGAGGUACCACAAUCGAGGUGGGCAGCUACAGAUUGCUUUACAGCGGCAGAAAUGGAUAGCUUCUCGUCUUCCUCAUUUGGAACGUGAAAUAGGAGAAGCAAAUAACAAAUAUGCCGAAUCGCAUCCGAAUGAUCCCAUUAUUUUAGAUGGCUUGUCACCAGUAGAAUAUGUUCGUAAUAUAAUAACAGAAUAUAAAACAAUUAAAGAAUUGGAACGUUUGAAGAAGCGAAAAGCUUGCCAUAAUCAAACAUUAAAUCAAACUGGACAAAAAUUCAAAACACCUCGAAAACACGAUCUUCCGGCAGGUUUUGCUACUCCGGCCAAAACUCGUAAAAUUGAUUCAACCAUUAAUCGUAUAUACAAGAUGGGUGCAACUCCAAGCCGUCAUCCACUUGGUUCAGUGUUUCCCAGCACUUCAAGUUUACAUUCUGCUAUCACACCUGUGAGGCCAUUGGCGUGUGGACCAAAAACCUCGUCGCCGAAAGGGCUAAAAAAAAGAAAAAUAUUGUAA